AUGGCGGCUACGGCGUCAGCGGCAGACCGGCGGCCCUGGUUCCUGCGUUCAACAUACCCCGUCGACUUCCCAGCCCACGAUGCACUGACCAAGUCGCGAGCCGAUUUCGAUGGUUUCCUGGCUGACCAACUCAUCCGGCGUCGCCCCGAUCACGCCUGCGCCGAAACGCCGACCCUCGGUGGCGACUCUGCCUCGAUAGAGGCUAAGGUCCGCGAUGACUUGGCCGUCAUGGACCUGGACGGCGCGACCCAAGCCGGUGACGAGGCCGUCGGCAACAUGGACACGGAUCCCAAGACGUGGGGACCCUUCAUGCAGGGCCUCGUGAACCACCACCGCCAUCAGCCGGCCCCGCCCGGCCUUCCGGCUAACAAGAUGCUGACGGAAAACGCCGACGUGGCGCUGCGGUCGAGCACCAACCCUCUGGUCGAUCUCUUUGCCGAGCUCGAGGACGUCGUCUCCGGGCCUCGGCUGCGGCAACUGCUCGACGCCGCGUGGGCCGAAGACCCGUCGGCCACGCUCAAACUCAUCUUCAACGCGCGCUCCAUCCACCUGGGCAAGGGUUCACGGGGCAGCUUUUACCGCGCCGCCGGCUGGCUGGCCCAGAACCACCCGCUCACCCUCGUCGCCAACCUGGGCUGGCUGAGCCGUCCGGUCAUUGAGAAGAAGGCGGGGACGGCGGCUGGCGAGGCCGACGAGGACGUGGUCCUGGUGGAGGGCCCGCGGUCCGAUGAGGAAGACGGCUGGACGAGGCUCGAUGUCAAGCACGGAGUCGCGCACGGCUACUGGAAGGAUCUCCUCAACAUCCUCGUUCUGGCCGUCAGGGGUAAGCUUGACGUCCUGGCCGACCCUCGCGACGUGCUCAACGCCGAGGACGAGAUCAUCUCGCGCGUCAUGAGGAACCGCUGCGCGCGCCGCUCCGGCCGUGUCCCGCCCAGGCCCCCCGCCAACGGCUACCGGAGCCGGGGAAGACCGACCCGCACCGGCGCCGAAAACCCGGCCGACGAGGCGGUCCCGGCGGCGCACACGGAGGCCCGGAAAGACGGAAGCGCCGGUGAAGGCAAGACAGAGAAAGCGAAGCCCGACAUCAAGCAGAGGCGGAACGAGGCGAGGAAGCGCCGCCACGCCACGGCCGUCGACGCCUUUUCCAACAACGUCGUCUACCGCGCACUACACCUCGCCGUGGCCCGGCUCUUUGCCCAGCAGCUCCGUGCCGACCUGCAGGCCCUUGGCGACGAGCACCCGGGCACCAGGCGGCGCGGCGUCUCGCUGUGCGGCAAGUGGGCGCCGUCGCAGGACCACUUCCACGACCGGCACACCUCUAUCGCCAGCUCCAUCGCCGAGCUGCUGCACCCGCGCGAGUCUUUGACCGCCCAAGACGCCGGCCUGGCCCCCGACGCCGGCCGCGAGACCUUCCUCCGGCACGCGCGGGAGCGGUACCGGCGAGACCUGUCGGCGCUGCGGGCGCACCUGGGCGUCGUGGAGCGCGACGUGACGGCCGGCACGUUUGACAGGAUCCGGUACGAGCGCGUGCCGUCGCUGGCCAUGAGCGCGCACUGCGGCGUCUUCAUCGCCAAGGACGCCGAGCGCUUCGAGGCCUACGUCGAGCGCGUCGCCCGCGGCAAGGCCGGCAUCUCGGGCGCCACGCUGCUGCCGUCGACGCUCGUCAGCCGCAUGCGCCUGUGCUCGGGCGGCGAGCCGCGGCCGUCGUCGCGGCAGGCCCUCGUGCGGCGCCGCGUGUGCGAGCUCGAGGCCCGCGUCGCCGACGGCCAGUGGCGCACGCUGGUGCGGCGGAUCCGCGACUCGGGCACGCUGGCGUCGAGCAUCGCCGUCUGCGACGUCUCCGGCAGUAUGGAGGGCCCCCGGUUCCCCGACGGCUCCUGUCCCAUGGACUCGGCCCUCGGUCUGUCGCUGCUCGUCGCCGAGGUCACGGAACCGCCCUUUGGAGGCGCCUUCAUCACCUUCAGCGCGAGUCCGACGGUGCAGAAGAUUGAUCUGACGCAGGGCCUCGGCGAGAAGCUGCGCGGCAUGCAGGCCUCGGAAUGGGGCCUCAACACGGACUUUGUCAAGGUCUUUGAGGAGCUGAUCCUGCCCAUGGCCGUGGAGAACAAGCUGCCGCCCGAGGACAUGGUCAGGCGAGUCUUUGUCUUUAGCGACAUGCACUUUGACGGUGCCCAGGAGACAUGGAGCCUUGACGGCUCCCAAGACCGCCGGGAUAAGCAGCCGGAGAAGUGGAGCUCGUCGUACGAGCGCAUCAAGCGCAACUUUGCCGGCGCUGGCUACGACAUGCCCGAGCUGGUGUUUUGGAACCUCGCGGGCGGACGCGCCGGCUCCGGGGCCGGGGAGGCCGGGGGAGAUGCCACGGCGCCCAAGCCGAUCGCGGCCACCGAGGAGGGCACAAGCCUCGUGAGCGGCUACUCGCAGGGGAUGCUCAAGGUCUUUCUCGACAAUGGCAGCUUCCAAGACCCAGAAGAGGAGGAGGAAGACCAGCCGGAGGAGAGUGACGACGAGAUGACGAAGCGCAAGAUCCGCAAGGAUCCUCUGCGGACGGUGAAAAGGGCCAUUGGGCACGAGGCAUAUGCCAUGCUGCGGGUGAUGGACUAG